ACCAUUGAACUGUGGAAGUCAAGUACUUUAAUGAAUGUUGAAAGCAGUCUGGCGUGAGAUCAAAGCUCUCAUUUUGCAGAACCCAGUUGCAUUUUUUGCUCAGAAGCAGAAGAUGUCUUCGGUUCUUGAAAUCUUCAAACGCAUUCUAGGUUGGGAGGAUAAGAAGGUUGAUAAUGACAAUGAAAGUUCCACUUUUGCCUACUGGACCUCCUCUUCUAGAGUACAAUUGGAUAGAACAACAUCCAGGAACCAGCAGAACUUUGUAAAUUCAUCUCUCAUUACCUCAACUAGGGAAGAGUCUUUGCCUCGGUCGACACCAAGUGAUUUACCUAUUCAUUCCAGGGUAGUGUUUCCUUCUUCAACCGGAUUAACAAAGGGUAAGGGAGCAGAAAGGAUUUAUCAAGAGCCUUUGAAUCCAAGGAAUUCCAGUACAAAACCCAAUUUUCCAACCCCACCUUCACAAACAUCAGUUCAGUUUUUAUCUAAGCUGACCCCACCUCCAUCAUCUCUUAAACCCCCAACAUCUGCAUCAAAACCUUCUUCAUCUUCCUUUAUAACCCCGGCAUCAUUCCCUUCACCUGGAAAAACUUCUUCCACAAAACAGCAUUUGUUUUCUCCUAAUUCCUCAUCAACAUCUACUAAACCAUCUGCUGCUUUUAUUAAUCCCCAAUCAUCUUCCCCUAAACUGCCCUCAUCCUCUGGGCCAUCUUCAUCUUCUCCUAGCCUUUUUCCAUCCUUUAAGCAAACUCUAGGCCCUUCCUCUGCUGCUGUUCCUAAUCCCCAAUCAUCUUACCAUAAACCACCUUCAUCCUCUGGGCCAUCUUCAUCUUCUCUUCUUCCAUCCUCUAAGCCAACUCUGGUCACUUCCUUUGCUGCUGUCUCUAAUCAUCUUGAUAAGGAUAAUAAAGGAAAAUAUAUCCAGGUUGAAAGUGAUUCGUUGCAUUUUUACACAAUUCCUGAUAAUAUUGAAAACUUGAUCAAGAAAGACAGUGUGCCUGAACUUCUGAAGAAGCCGUUGUCCCCUUCAACUUACGAGGAUUACUUUGCAACUCUGCUAUAUGCUGAGGACAUCUAUGUCAAGAAAUGGAGCAAUUUUGAACUAUUGAAUGUGACUUUGGAGUUGCAUGAAGCAGCCAAGGGGAAAGACAGAGUUAUAUCUUACAAUAAUGGUGACGAGAAAGAUGACAAAAUCUAUGUUGCAUUUGAGGUAAGCUCUAGUCCUCAGAUGCGGCCAUUUCUUCUGUCAAAAGACAUUGUGUUUGCACAACCCUCGGGUAGAAGAGUGGCACCGUUUCAGGGCGUCAUCUACCGGGUGGUGAAGAAGACAACCGUGUUGGUGGAAUUUGGAGAAGAUUUUCAUUCUCAACAUCAUGAAACCAGGAAAUACGAUAUUAGUUUCUCAUUCAACAGAGUUUCCUUGGAGAGGGCUCAUCAAGCAAUUGCAGCAGCCUCUGAUCCUUCAUUCCAAAAGUUCCUUUUUCCUAAAAGUGCCUCUCGAAUCCCCACCUCUAGAUCGCUCCUCUCCUAUUGUCAUAAACUUGAUCUGGAUCAAAAUUCUGUAGUUCAUCAGAUGUUAAACUUUCAAGGCCCCCCACCUUUUCUUGUAGAGGGACAAUUCUGUGCAACUUAUUCAAAGCAACUGUCAAGAACUGGACAGGUUAUUGUGGAAGCCAUACUCCAAAUUUAUAGACACUGUCCAGAGUCUCGGGUCCUUGUUUGUGCACCUAUAAACAGCACCUGUGAUGUGCUAAUAAGAGGGUUGAAGAGGGAUAUUCCAGAGGUUGACAUGUUCCAAGCCAGUGCUGCAUCUAGAGAGAUUGAGAAGCUACCUAUCGACAACCUCAAGCAAUUCCCAGUGGUCCUUUCAACAUUUGUGAAUAGCUACUGCCUGCAUGACAAGGGUAUAACUGCUGGGCAUUUCAACUAUAUUUUCUUGUUGGAUGCUUCCUCUGCUACUGAGCCAGAGACAAUGGUGGCUUUGGCUAACUUGGCUGAUGAGAAAACAGCAGUUAUAGCUACUGGUGCACGCAAGAACCACUCAAGCUGGUUCCGGUUAGACAUUGCUCGGCAAAAUGGAUUGAGUAUGUCAUACUUCCAAAGACUUUGUCAGAGUGAUCCAUACAGGACCAACGAUCCAAGGUUCAUAUCUCAUCUUUUUGUACAUGAUUCGUGAAUAACAUGGGAUUUAAGAAUCAGUUUGGAAUUGCUAUCAACUGUUGUGGCUAUUCAUGUAUAGUAUUGUCUUCAAAAGCUGCAUUAGUGCUUGGUAAUUAAUUACUUCUCAAAAG